GAAUGCGAAUCGGGGGUAGAGAACGAGGAAGGAGGAGGUGGUGGCGAUGGCGCGAGCACUGGACUACUGCUGCUGCGGCGGAGGAGGUCUGGCUAUGGCGCUCAAGUACUCCCUCUCACAGCCUGCCGUCGUCUCUCAGCUCGCCUCUCGACCUGCUGCUGCUUCCUGGGCCCCUCUGCUCGUGCGCUCCCGGAGCUCCCGAGUCGGGGUGCACCGUGCUUCUCUACUCUGCUCCCAGAGCUUACGGAGCAAAUUUCUAGCGUCUGGACUGACGAGAAGAAAUGGAGUAUCCUUUGCUACUCGAUCCCUCUCUACCCACAUUCGAGCUGCCGUUGUGGAGACUCAAGAGCAAGAAGGAGGAUCAACAGCUAAGAUUCCGAAAUCCAAAGAAAAAGUGGAAAGUAAACCAAAGAAAGAAAAGAACCUCAAAGUAACCCCCAGGAGCCAAGACUUCAGUAAGUGGUACUUGGAUGUUAUUGACGCAGCUGAACUUGCUGAUUAUGGACCUGUUCGAGGGACAAUGGUAAUCCGACCAUAUGGAUACGCCAUUUGGGAGUUCAUUCAGAGUUGGUUGGAUGCAAGAUUCAAGGAGACGGGUCACUCCAACAUGUACUUCCCCCAGCUUAUUCCGUACUCGUUCAUUGAGAAAGAAGCAAGCCAUGUGGAAGGCUUCAGUCCCGAGCUUGCGUUGGUCACUAUUGGCGGAGGUAAAGAGCUUGAAGAGAGACUGGUCGUUCGACCUACCAGUGAAACCAUUGUUAAUCAUAUGUUUGCCCAGUGGGUCCAAAGUUAUCGAGAUCUUCCUCUCUUGAUCAACCAGUGGGCCAAUGUGCACAGAUGGGAAAUGAGGACACGACCAUUCGUACGAACACUGGAAUUUCUGUGGCAAGAAGGGCACACAGCACAUACAUCUCCGGAAGAGGCAGAGGAGGAGGCACUUAGAAUGAUCGAGGUUUAUCGAGAAUUCGCAUACAGUCAAGCUGCUAUUCCCGUAGUAGUUGGUCGUAAAUCAAGGCUAGAAACUUUUGCUGGUGCUUCUAUCACGUAUACAAUUGAGGCCAUGAUGGGCGAUCGGAGGGCUUUGCAAGCAGGGACCAGUCAUAACCUAGGCCAAAACUUUGCUAAAGCUUUUAACACCCAGUAUACGGACGAAAAAGGGGACCUUCAGUACGUGUGGCAAACUUCAUGGGGUAUGAGCACCCGGAUGGUAGGAGGAAUUAUAAUGACGCAUGGUGACGAUACGGGUCUACUCUUUCCACCAAGGGUAGCACCUCUGCAAGUCGUCAUUGUACCGAUUUGGAAGAAAGAUGAGCAGAAAGCAGACGUUAUGGCCGCAGCUGAGAAGACGGAGAAGAUAUUGAAGGGUGCGGGUUUGCGCGUGAAGUUGGACGUGUCCGACCAAAAGACUGCUGGGUUUAAGUUCAAUUUCUGGGAAAUGAAAGGUGUACCCAUUCGGAUUGAGAUUGGUCCUCGUGAUGUUGCAGAGAAUGUUCUGGUAGUUGCUAGGAGGGAUGUGCCUGGAAAGGAUGGAAAACAGUUCGGGGUGUCUAUGGAGGAAAAACCUCUGGUGGAGUUUGUCAAGAACAGGUUAGAGGAAAUCCAAGAGAGUUUGCUGGCGAGGGCAACCGCAUUCAGGGACAGCAAUAUCGUUGAUGUGAGCUCUUAUGAAGAAUUGAAGGAAGCCAUCAAAGAGGGCCAGUGGGCAAGAGGGCCAUGGGCAGGAAGUGACGAAGAUGAGGCACGGGUGAAAGAGGAAACAGGGGCCACAAUCAGGUGUUUCCCGUUCGAGCAGCCGGAACACAACAAUGUCUGUUUCUUUUCAGGAAGCCAGGCCUCUGAGGUCGCCAUUUUUGCUAAGUCUUACUAGAAUUAGUGUUGAUUGCACCUUCUUUUUUUUUAAUUCACAGAUGCACUUGUCAGCCAUUCAUGAAAGUAUUUGGUCCAUUGGGAGAACAUCAGCUUCUCCCCAAGGGCUCUUAAAACCGUGUUAGCCUAUUUCUGUCCAUGUUGGAGAGAAUUGAAGUAAAUUUUAACCACGUGACUGAAAUGUAAUAAUUAUGCAUGAAACUGUCAUUAUACAGUACAGAAGGGAAUCCCUAAGGCUCGAAGUAACCACGACGUGCCCUUCCCCUUAACAAGCAGACUUAAUAAAUCCAACAUUGUUCCGUUCUAAUCUCAGAGCCCAUCUGAGAUUAGCGGAGUAAACCAGCUGAUUGUGCUGAAA